AUGGUUUUUGAAUCGCUGGUCGCCGACCUGCUCAACAGGUUCCUUGGCGACUUUGUCGAUAAUUUGGACUCUUCACAACUUAAUAUCGGAAUUUGGGGAGGAGAUGUGAAACUCGACAAUUUGCAAGUCAAGGAAACGGCUCUAGAUGAUUUUGAUUUGCCAAUAAAGCUCAAGUACGGCUAUCUCUCCUCUCUGGUUCUCAAAAUUCCAUGGAAGAAUCUUUACAAUGAGCCAGUCAUUGCUACAGUGGAUGGCCUCAACUUGAUUGUUGUGCCUAACAAAGGAGUUGUUUACAAUGAGAAGAAAGCGGCCAAGAAUAUUCAAGAGAUCAAGCAGAAGACAUUGGCUCGGCUGGAGGAGGCUCGCAAAGAACGUCGGAAGCCAAAGGAUCCUCAAGCAGAUACUUUCACUGAAAAGAUGAUCACACAGAUUAUCAAAAACUUACAGGUAAGUAGAGACGAGUUUUUAAGGUUUUUACAAGUGUUUUUUUUCAGAUCUCAGUUUCAAACAUUCAUGUUCGCUUUGAAGACAGAUACACCAAUCGUCAUCACCACCGAUGAAAAUUGGAAGGAAACUAUUCAUAAGGAUGUUGUCAAGAUAAUCUACAAGCUCGUCUCACUCCAGAAUCUUGCAGUAUACUGGAACUCUUCAACCGAGUUCAUCUCUGACCUAGAUGACAAGAAUAUUAUCCAACAGAAGUUGCAAGAAACGAUUCACAAUGGAAAGAAUCAGCCAGAAGGAUUCAAAUAUAUCUUAGAACCGAUUCAGAUGGAGGCAAAACUGAAGUUAAAUCAGAAGCCAGAAACUGAUGGGUCGCACUGGACGAUUCCUAAAAUUGAUCUGGCUGUAGAUAUGCAUUCGCUAGCACUUGCGAUCGGAAAAUUCCAGUAUCAGGACAUUCUUCUCUUCCUUGAAGCCCAAGAACGAUUCAAUGCAGCUGGACAGUAUCUAAAAUAUCGUCCUAACAUUAACGAGUUCAAGGGGCAUUAUAAGCAAUGGUGGAAAUUCGCCUAUACCGCGAUUCUUGAAGAAAAAGUGAGGCGUCGCCGUAAUAAUUGGUCUUGGGAUAGAAUGCACAAACAUCGUCAACUCGUGAAGAAGUAUCAGAAGGCAUGGGUUCGUCGUCAGACUGAAGCAAGCCCAGGAGCUGAAGUGGAAACCACCGUAAAGGAGGCUGAAAAGAAGCUGGAUGUGUUCAAUGUGAAUGUGGCACGUCAACAAGCCGAAUUGGAAAUCGACAGACUUGGAUUGACUCGCCAAGAGGACAAACCACAAGGAUGGGUUGCUUGGGGAAAAAGCUUGUUUGGCAGCGGCGGCGGUGGGCCAAUUCCAGAUAAGAACAAGAAGGGAGGAAAAGACAUUGGUUCGCAAUUCCAAGAAGCGAUGACACCUGAAGAGAAAGCGAAGCUGUUCGAAGCUAUCGAUUAUCAGGAGAACAUUCCACCAACCAACUACCCGAAGGAGUUCGUUGAGAACAAAUUUGAGUUCAAGCUUGGACAAGUUGCCAUAGUGGUUGAUGGAGCAGUUUCAAUGCAGCUUCUCAAGUUACAAGCUAAUGUCGAACAGCGUCCAAGUGCUGGAGCAAUGCAUGUGGAAUCAUCGAUUCAAGAACUUCGAAUGGACGGAUGUGGUUCUGAAGUUAUUCGCGUACGUGAUCCUACAAUUCCAUGGAUGUCCUUCCUCCUUGACACCAAUCCACUGAAAGGAGAUUAUGAUCAGCUCGUGAAACUAGCUAUCGCUCCCAUCAAUGUCAAAUAUCAGGCACCUGCAAUUAACAAUGCUAUCGAUGUGUUCAAGCCCCCAGAAUCAGUUCGUCUCAACCAACUUACGGCCCUGGCAAUGUCUCGUUACGAAGAAGUCAAAACAAGAUCUGUUACCGGACUUGCUCACGCGGUUGAGCAUCGUUCUCGUCUGGUGCUCGAUGUUCAAAUUCAACCCGCUCGAAUUUAUGUCAGUGAAGGCGGUGUCUACUGCGAGGAUAAACCAAGUUUGCUCGCAGAUAUGGGUCUGUUGUCUGUUGUUACAGUCGAUACGUCAACUGUAAACACUUCUGGAAUGAAUAAACUGUCUGCUCUCAUGGAGAAGGCAUAUGAUCGAUUCCACGUCAAGUUGAGUAACGUUGUCAUCGCUUUUGCUGAAAAUGUUUCCACUGCUGAAGCAUGUGUCUUCGAAAAAGAAUCGCCACUUCAUGUUCUCAAACCAACUGGAUUGGAUAUUCAGAUUCACAAAAGUUCUAUCGAUGAUUUGAGACUUGCGAAGAUGAGAGUGCUCGGCGAUUUACCAGAUAUCGUUAUCGGAAUUUCAGAUGUCCGACUUAUUGGAUUAAUGAAGCUCGCUCUCUCCAUUCCUACUCCGAAGCCGGAUGAGAAAACAAUGGCCGAAAAAGAAUUGGAAGUGGUUCCUGAAGCUAAAAUUAGAGAUCGUGCUAAGAUGCGAACUAUAAUGGAAGCUGAAGAAAUGGAAGAAGACGUGACACAGAAAAACGAUGGUGAGGACGAGGAUGAUCAGCAAAAGAAAAAGAAGACCAGUGAGCAACAAGUUCAAAUUGAGCUUGAUCUCCGAUUGAAUCAGAUCGGAGUAAUCGUUUACCGUAAGGACACUGUCUUCUGUGAUGUUUCCAUCAUGAAAAUGUCUUGUAAACUCCAAAUGCGCACGUUCGAUAUGGUUGUAACAGCUGAACUUGGAUCUAUCAGAAUCUCGAUGCCCGAAUUCAGCUCAUUGGAUCCGAGACGUCAACAUCUGUUCCUUAUUGACAACGAUGAAAAUCAGGGAUCACUGAUGACGCUGAAAUUCGUUCAGGCGAAUCCUGAAUCACCAUUCUUCGCCACGGAAUAUGCACUUACAGAGCAAUCUGUAGAUUUCACAUUCACGAAACUCGUCGUCUCUCUUCACCAAGAAGGAGUUUUGGAGUUGAAAGGAUUCGGGGAAGCAUUACAAUCACAACUUGCUGAGCUUCAAAAGGACAAGCCAGAAGAAGAAAAGUUGGAGGAAACGGCUCGCAAGAUCAGCAGAAAGCUCAGUGACAGUGUCAUGUCGAUUGCAUCACUGAGUGCUACCUCCUCUACAAGAGAAAAGCGACAACGAAAGAAGACUGUCAGUUCUCUCGCUGCUGCGGAGUUAGAUGCAUCCAGAAAUAUCAAGCAACAUAUCAAGGCUUCAUUUGGAAGUUUGGCUUUGAACAUUGGAACGCAGAAGGCAUUGGAAACUAGUUUGGCUAUCGAACAUGUGAGUUUCGGUAGUCGUUUGUUUCUAUUCAAUAUCAACGCUAACGUAAAAAUCACCGAGAAAGCUAUGGAGGUAGUUGCAACUCUUCGUGCGAUAUCCAUGAAAGAUCGUACCACAGGAGCAGUUUACAAGAAGCUGCUCUCCGUGACUGGCAAUGAAGACAUGCUUCGUUUUGAUUUCAUUCAGUAUCAAAGAACUGAUGAAGAUCGUGCUUUGAUGAAGUCAUCUGAUGUUGAUAUGGUCGUAAAAAUGCGCCUCGCACAAAUGAGAUUCGUCUUCCUGAAUCUUUGGUUGGCACGUCUCAUGGCUUGGAUUGCUCCAUUCCAAAAUGAAGCCGUUAGAGCAGCCCAAGCUGCUCAAGCAGCUGCAGCCGAACGAGCUGCUGCAGCUGCGCAGAACGUCAAGCAAAUCAUGGAACAGUCUCCUCCUCGUAUUCAGCUCGAUGUCAUCCUUGAAGCUCCAUUUAUUGUUGUUCCAAGACUUUCCACUUCGCGUGAUGUCAUCGUCCUUCAUCUCGGUCGGCUUGCGUUGAAGAAUGAAAUUCGAGGCGACUCACAUCAUCCGAAAGCAGUGAUCGACCGAAUGGAUAUUCAAAUGACUGAUUGCUCAUUUGGAAUGGGUGUUAUGAAUGAUGAUGUGUCUGCUGUCUCGUCUUCGUGCAUGAUUCUGAAACCUAUUUCGUUCAAACUCGCUCUUCAGAGGAAUCUAACGUUUGCCACCGUGAAGCAGAUCCCGAAAAUUGUUGUUGACGCUCAUCUCAACUCAAUUGAAGCAGAAUUGUCGGACGUAGACUAUAAGACACUCAUGCAAACAUUGUCUGGAAACCUGGCCGAAGGCGCUGACCUUGCUGUUCCUCCUCCACCACCUCCACCAUCGCUCGAGAGUUCGAAUACUGCUGUUGCACCAGCUACUCCAGGAAAGGAAAAAGAGAAAAAGGAUCGUGAAGCUAACGCCGGACCGCCUCUUAUUGAAAAAUCACACACUCGAAUUGUAUUCCAGUUCGUCCUGGACAAAAUCUCUGCAGUUUUGUAUGAAGGAGAAGCUGUCAACGGUGUGAGAAAUGAGUCUGAUGCAUUUGCAGCUCUGCGUUUGAACAAUGUGAAAACAUCAGGAAAGAUUGGAGAAGACAAUUCGAUUGUAUUCGCGAUGUCGCUCGAUGCUUUCACAAUGGAUGACGAGAGAAAGGAGAAAACAAAGAUUUCGAAGCUGAUGGACAAAAAGGGAGCAAAAGAAGAUCGCUUCUUGGGUAUGAGUUUCAAUCAAGAUGCAGAAGCUAACAAGCAAAUCCGACUCAAAAUGAGUGCGUUCUUCAUCUGCCUGUGUCCAGAAUUUUUGGGAUGCCUCACCAGAUUCUUCAAUGUGCCGCAAUCUGAAGAACAAUUGGAAAAGGAGGCUGUGACUUCGAAUGUGCCGACGAAAGCAGUAUCAAGUUCCACAGCCACAUCUUCUGGUGGAGUAAAACCGCCUGCAGGUCCAUCACAGCCAGUUGGAACACUCGCCAUCGAUUGUGAUAUGCACGGAGUUGAAGUUAUCCUUGUUGAAGAUUCAAUGCAUCCAGAAUCCACGCAGGCUCUCAUUCUAUCCUUCAAUGUUACUGCAGCUUCCCAUCCAAACGAAACAACCAAAGACACCAAAAUGAACGUUGCAGUUGAAAAUCUGACAAUCUUUUCCAGUUUCUACAACCCGAAACGUCGUAAUGAAGUGACAUACCAAGUUCUCACUCCAGUUCGCAUCGAGGCUCUUGUUAAUAUGAAUACGGAGACAAAGACAACUGAUGCAGUCCUCAAAAUGUCUGCAAUGGAUGUCAAGAUGUCUCCUUCAAUUAUUCGCCUGCUAUCUGCCGUUUCAGCCGAAUUCGCUAAAAGCAGCGGAACUGUCGAAACAGGAUCGGUUAGCCAGAAGUUGGCUAAGCUGCGGAAGUGGCCUAACUAUUUCGAGUCGAAACCGAUUGACCACAGAAAGUAUUGGUUCUUCGCAGCUCCAGUGGCUCAAGAAGCUGUUGAAGCGGAAGAGGAUGCUACACAAGAAGAAAAGAGCAGAACCGACUCUAUGAUCGGAAAAGAAAAUGCGAAGGUCGAUAUUGAGAGAAUCUCGUUCACAUUGGAAGCUGGAACAGGAGCUAUUCCCGUGCCUUUGAUCUUCCUCGACAUGCUCAUCAAUGCUGAAGCACAAGAUUGGUCAUCGGCUAUGCGUGUAACUUCAGGAAUUUCUCUGCAAAUGUCGUAUUAUAACGAAUCCGUCAGUGUUUGGGAACCGAUUAUUGAGCCAGUUGAAAAUGAGAAGGGAGAGUAUGAACGGUGGAAAUUGGCUAUGAACAUUAGGAAUUAUUCUACAGUAACCGGUUUUCAGAUGAAAUCUCGCAACAAGCAAGACUCCUCUGACACAUCUCCCCAAACCGAGGUGAAAAUCGAGGCAGACAAGAUGUUGAAUGUCACAGUCACAAAAUCACUUCUCACUUUGCUCAACAAACUUUCCGAAGUGUUUGCAACAGCGGCUAAACAAAUCACUCCAACUCAAACGCGCCAUCUCCCAGGAAUAUCUCCAUUUGUCGUUCUCAAUGAAACGGGAAUCGCUGUCAAGGUUCUCGAUACCGAAACAAUUCGAGUCAGUGAAAAUGGUGAAGUUGUUGAUGCCACUCAUGGAGACUUCGUCGACGUUUUCCUCAAGAACAAAAAGAGCAAUGUGGAGGAUCGUCGAUUGAGCAUUGAGCAAGAAGAAGUUACUGGAGAUCUCAAGUUUGAAUUGACUGGAACUGUUCGUGAGACAAAGAUCGGUCGUGCAGAAAAACGAAUUAUUCACCUACCAAAAGUCAGCGAAGGGGGACACAAAUGGCUGAUAGUCGCAGAAACAACAAUCGAAAACAACCGACGCCUUGUGACACUUAACUCUCAUGUCAAAUUCACUAACCAUCUAUCCUAUCCAGUGGAACUAUACUCGAAACGAGAUACUACUUUGGAUCUGUUCGGUACUGUUGAACAUGGAGAAACCAUUCCUCUGGCUGUUCCCUUGCUCUUUUCCCCGUCUGGAGAUAUCUAUCUGAAACCAGUAGAUGAUAAGUACGAAGUGUCAUUCGAAUCCCUCUGCUGGCACAACUUCGAGCAUAACCGCCGCCAAGCUGUGCGGUGCGAGGCGGACUCAACCGAUGGAUCAUUCUCCGGAAUUUACAUCGAUUCUGUUGUUCACGAAGAAAAAAUUCCGGAUGGCGUUGAUGAUCAGACUACCAGCAUUUAUCACGUUCAUCUUCACCCUCCACUUGAGUUUCAUAACAAUCUUCCAUUCGAUAUUACACUCGAACUUCCCGAGCAAAAGGUUUUGUCUGCUGGAACAUCUUCACUUCUGAAUGUGGUUGCCGGAAGCCCAGUGAAAGCGUGGCUGAUGUACUUGGGUGAGAAGUAUGUUUUGGAAAUGCCAGUUCCAGAAAUCAAGAAGGAUGUAGAAGUUGUGGCGCUGAACACGGAAACUGGGUCAGAUGAGCUUGUAAGACAUUUUGAAAACGAAUCAUUGGAACAACCAAAUUUUUUACAGCUUCUUGGACUUCAUUGGACUAGCGAGUACGGAGAUCAGAAAGUGUAUUUAUACGCUCCUUUCUGGCUUGUGAACAACACAGAUAAGAUGCUUCGUCAUGUGGAGAGCAGCGGAAACAUGUUGACGAACACUGCGCGUGGGUGUGUUCCUUGCGGAAAGAAGUCGGUCAUCACAUCACAAGAGAACGAUGAUGCUGUUCAGCAUGCGCCGAAUGAGAAUCCAAUCAUUCUUCCAUUCCCAGCUGUGGACUUGUCCAAAAAGAAGAAGGCUCGCGUCAGAAUUGAACGCGAGAGUGAAUGGUCUGAUGAAUUCCCACUGGACACAGUUGGAAAUGCAGCCCGUAUCACUUGCAAAGGAGCUCAUAAUGAUUUUGAUCUAACCGUUGACAUCAAACUUUGUCAAUCAGGACUCACAAAAAUUGUCACAUUCGCACCAUUUUACUUGGUUUCGAAUCUUGGUAAAAAUUCGAUGGAGAUUCGAGAAGAGGGUCAAAAGAAUUGGAUUGAGAUUCCUGCGGAAACGUGCGUUGGCGUUUGGCCCGAGGAACGGAAGAAGCGUAAGCUCAUGUGUGUUCGCUACAAAGAAGAGCCAGAAGCUGAAUCCCUGUUGUUCCCAAUCACAGAGAACUACGAAACCUUGUGCCACAUGGAUGGUGAUUCUAUUGGUGUUGAAGUUUCUGUCUCCACUGGAGAAUCUUCCGUGGCAAUUCAUCUUUCUCCAUUUACUCCUGGAAUGUGUCCAGUCCAAGUGAUGAACAACCUGAGUGUUCCUGUCUCCUUCGGACAAAAAGGUCACAAAAAGACAUCCGUUGGUCCGAAUGAGUCGCUUCACUUCUCAUGGGCGAGCAUUACGGAUGCAAAGAUCUUGGAAGUCGAUGUUGGUGAUUGGCACUUCGAAGACAAGUUGGAUCAAAAUAGAUUCGGAGAUUUGCAAAUCGACAAGAACGUCAGAAGAUUCUCAUACUAUUCUAACUUCUUGAUUGGACGACAACGCGUUCUUCUCUUCACGCCAGAUGUGGACAUCGCAAAGGCAGCAUAUGGAAGUUGGGAAACUGAUAUUGUUGAUAUGCAGGCAGAGAUCUCUCUUCAAGGAUUCGGACUCUCCGUUGUUGACAACAUUGUUGGAAGAGAAAUAAUCUACAUGGCUAUUUCAUCAUCGGACAUUCUAUGGGAAGAGGAAAUCAAAAAAGGACGAUUCAAGCCACUCGCUGUUAAGUACAUGCAAGCUCUGGAAGAGAAGUAUCAAGCACAUCUUUUGACACCAAAUGAUGAAUACGAGUCAAUCGAAGGUUUUGAAGUCAAUGUGAAUCGUUUGAUUUUGAAAAAGAAGAAGGGAAAGGAAGUGAAGAUUCGCAGAAUUUUCGAACAAGGUCUGUGGGCCAGUUACGGAAAGAGCGCUCAGCGAACGAGACUUCAUGCCAAAAUCAAUCACAUUCAAGUAGACAAUCAGCUUGAUGCCUGCAUCUUCCCACGCGUUCUUUCAGUUGUUCCACCUCCAAAGAGUGUGGUUGUUGACAACACUCCGAAACCAUUUAUCGAACUUUCUCUCCUUCAACGUCAACCUGAGUUCUCUUCUAUCGCUGAAAUCGAGUACGCCCACGUACUGAUCCAAGAAUUCUCUGUUCAAGUGGAUCAAGGUCUCAUAAAUGCUCUACUCUUACUCGCUGCUGGAGAAGUAGCCAGGAAACCUUAUGGAAAAGAAAUGUUUGAUGAAGACCUCAAAAUCUGUCACGUUACUCUCUCGGAAACUGCUAGCACAUAUCGCUCACAACGUCCAAAGAGUUUCUACAACGAUCUUCACAUUUCUCCGAUCAUGAUGCAUUUAUCAUUCUCCCAGGGAGGUACUUCGGGAGAUGCCGCUGCGUCAGGAGCUUCGAUGCCAAUCCAGUCUGAAAUGAUCAAUGUCCUCCUAAGAUCCGUCGGAGUCACUCUCACUGAGUUGCAGGAUGUAGUUUUCAAGCUUGCAUAUUUCGAACGGAAAUGCGUAUUCUAUAGUCCAGAACAAUUAAAUGGAGAGAUCAUUUCCCACUACGCAAAACAGUUCAUCAAACAGGUUUAUGUUCUCGUUUUGGGACUUGAUAUCAUCGGAAAUCCUUUCGGAUUAGUAAGAGAUUUGUCAGCAGGAGUCGAAGAUCUUUUCUAUCAACCAUUCCAAGGAGCAAUUCAGGGACCAGAGGAGUUUGCUGCUGGUGUUGCUCUCGGAGUUCAAUCGAUGUUCGGACACGCGGUUGGUGGAGCAGCUGGAGCUGUCGGACGUAUCACUGGAACAGUUGGUAAAGGAGUCGCAGCACUGACAUUCGACGAUGACUACAUGAAGAAACGUCAGGAAGAUUUGAACCGUAAACCACAAUCGUUUGGAGAGGGAAUGGCUCGUGGACUAAAAGGACUCGGAAUGGGUGUUGUGGGAGGAAUAACAGGAGUGGUGACAAAACCCAUCGAAGGAGCUAAACAAGAAGGAGGAUUCGGUUUUGUGAAAGGAGUUGGAAAAGGUCUCAUCGGGGUUGUUACUCGCCCAGUUUCUGGAGUCGUGGAUUUUGCCAGUGGCACGAUGAACUCUGUUCGCGCUGUGGCUGGAACUAAUAGAGAAGCCGGACCCCUCCGACCACCACGUGUUCUUCGCGCUGAUAGAAUUGUCAGACCAUACUCCAGCACGGAUUCCUACGGAUUCAAAGUUUUCAAAGACACCGACCGCGGAGAGAUUGCCGAAACCGAUGAGUUCGUGACGUACGCUUCUAUAAGUGACAAGAUUGUGCUCAUCAUCACCGAUCGUCGGUUGGUUUUGAGCAAGCGGACUGAUAUGAUGGGAGUCUGGCAAACCGACUGGUCAACGGAAUACUGCAAGAUCAAGGAGCCAGAAUUCAUUCCGAAUGGUGUCAAGAUUUUGCUGAAGGAAAAGAAGAAGGGCUUCCUAGGAAUCGGGUCAUCAGAAGGAAAGAUAAUCACAUUCCAAAACGCUGAAAAGAUUCAUCCAAAGUUAGCUGCUGCAUACAAAAAAGCUACUCUCGCGUAG